AAAAGGGGAAAAAAACAAACAAAAAGAAAAAAACAGCCUCUGGGAGUGGUGGAUGUGUGGUGCAGGCACCGAGCUCCACCAAUAGCCCUGGAGGCCAAAAUCAAACCAAAUAGAAUUGUAAGCAUUUGUGCAUUAGCAGGAGGAAAGCAGAGCUGUGUGGCAUGUCCGGCCCCGCCGGGCUCCCUCCUGGCCCUGGCCAGCUUCCUGCUUCCUCACGGGUUUCCGUUCUGGGAGCAUGUAGGGCCGCCUGAGUCUUCACCAGCUGCCUGUUCUCCUUCUCUUGAACCCGGGGCUUUCUGCAGCUGGCCACCUGCCAUGGAAUAUUUUCAUCUGUAGUUUAGAAGCUACGUAAAUAAGAUGAAGCCAGCAAAGAGUCCCCUUGGCUCUAACGUUAGACUGACAAAUGCUCCAGAAACAUCCCAGAGAAAGCGACCACCCAAAUCCAGGGAAAAGCUUGCCACAAAACCCGCACGGGACAAAACGGAGCCAAUGGUGCUGAGGUCUCCGCCGGCAGGAGAGUCCAUUGUGAGAUAUGCUCUGCCCAUUCCGUCCAGCAAAACGAAGGAGUUAAUAGCAGAAGAUGAGCUGAUCAGGAAGAUCACCAAACAUCUGAAGGUGGUUGUUUCUGAUUUGGAAGAAGCUUAUGGAAGUACCGUUCAGAAUGGAGACAAACUAGGUGUGAAGCGUGAAAGUGAAGGAUUAAGUCAUUCUAUCGGAGAUGAUUUGAAUUCAUUCUUGCUGUGCUGCUCACAAUUUGCAACGCAGCUAGACGAAGCAGUCAAGGAAGAACAUCAUAUUUUGGAAUCGCUUUUUAAGUGGUUUCAGCUGCAGGUGAAUCAAAUGGAAGAGAUAAGUAAAGACCAAAGUUAUCCAGAAGCAGACAUGCCAGUACCUGACAAAACAGUCACCACAAGCAUCGCACAGAUCGUGAGGCAAGUGCAAAAACUGGAGGAGCUGAAAAACCGUCUGAUGAAGGGCUCGCGGAGAUCCACCAAAGUGGCGGCCAAGCCCAAGGAGACUGAAAAGCCAGUAGAAGAAGCACCAACUUUUGAAAAUAUGAAGCAGAAAAUUGAAGAUUUUAUAAACACCCACUUAGUGCCACAAGACGCGGACGCUUCUGUAAUGGAAUCACGACCUACUUAUUCAAUGACUUCUCAGCUGAACAGUGUGUUGAAGUUAUUUGAAAGGCAGUCAGAUAUGUUGGAAAGAGCCAUGAAAGACCAAGACUUGCUAGAGGCAAAAUACAAACAGAUGGAAAACGAUUUCCAAGUGUUAGCAGAGGAGAAACUGGUGCUGGAGAAUGAGCUCCAGAAGCUGAAGGACACAGAGACCGCAGCGAAAGCAAAGCCCAUACCUGAUCACACCAAGAAGACUGGAAAAGCAGAGAAGAAGAGAGACAGAGGGAAAGCUGAAGAGCCGGAAGAGAAGAAGUUUCUAAGCAAAGAAUCUAAAACCAAAGAAGAUCUACUUCAGAUGCAGAAACUAGCAGGCUCUCUGGAAAAUGAGAACAGAGUCCUUCAAGAGCAGCUCAAGCAGGCCUUACAGGAAGCGGAAAGAGCUAAGAUUCAGCUUGACUAUUUCCUGAAGGAAAGGAAGGACUUGCUCGAGGCCAAGAACAGGCCGGCGGAGACUAACGCUAGUAAAAAAAUAGCUGAAACUCAAGAUUCCAGGAAAAAAUCCCUGGAGAAAGAAGUAAAAUUGACAGCUACAGAUUCAGGUGGACAAAAGACAAACGAUCCCCCACGGAUACCCCAGUCUCAACAAGAUGAAUCCGAAUUUUCAAAGACUUCCAACAAAGUUUUAGCGGAAGAAGACCCGCCCCGUACAGCCCCCUCAGAGAGCCAGAGAAAGUCGCCUGCAGCAGAGUUACCCAGAGAAGACUCUCCAGGUUCUCUGCCUGUUGAGACAUCACUUCAGGAAGCAAAGUCCCCGGGCGGCAGCUCACCUCCUGUUCUCCUAGAAACGCCAGGGGCUGAUUUUUUACAGAGUGAAAAAGAAAAACAAACUUAUGAAGAAGUAGAUGAAUACGAAGUACCAGGUGAGAAGUUGACAGAGGAGUAUCCGGAUUCAAUGUCAAAAGCUCAAAUGCACGGGAAGAAACAGAGAACUUCCAAGAAGGAAAGACUCACUAGUCACCAUAAAGGAUUAGCCGAAAGCCUGGCAUCUGAGCAUGAAGAGCUGGCGUCCAAAACCCAGGUGAAAGCGAAGAAACACAAAGCCAGCAAAGGGGAGAAAGUCACCGCUCAUGAGAAAGGGCCAGAUGGAAGCCCUGAGUCUGAGGUUAAGGAUUCCACGUCCAAAAGCUCACUGAAAGCAAAGAGACACAAGUCUGUGAGAGAAGAGUGGCCCUCCACACAUUAUGAAGUUCCAGAUAAAAGCCAUGUGCUUGAACAAAAAACCUCAAUGUCGAAGUCAGAAAUUCAAGAGAAUAAACAAACAUCUCACAAAGGAAAGAAAUUUGGUAACGCAACGCCCGACAAGCACCUGACGGCUAAGCAUCACGAUCUCAUGUCCAAAGCUCCAGUGCACCUGCGAAGAAGAAGGGCUUCUAAAGCGGGAAGGCACCGGCCUCUGGAUGAUGAACUCUAUGAAGACAUUGACUUCAGUCAAGACUCAGCAUCCAGAACCCAAGUGCAGUUAAUGAGUGAACAAAGCUCCAUAGAGGAGACAUUCAGUAUGGAGAGGCUGGAUGAGACAUCAGAUGAACAUCUCUUCUAUGAAGAAGCAAGUUCAGUCUCAGAAAACCCAUCUGAAAUUAUGACAGCUCAGCAACUGGAAGAGGCAGUAAGCGCAAGUGUCUUACCCCAGGGUAAAGUUUCAUUGUCCAGAAGCCAGUCUCUAGCUGGGGAACCUGAAGGUGUCCACAUGGAAACAACAGCUAUGACAAAAAUAGAGAUAGCAGAGAAUGAUCUCCCACCUGAAGAUACAGUUUCUGUGUCAGAAAGACCAUCUCAGAUCGUAACACAAAGAGCCACAAGUGUGGAGGAAAAGCAGGAGACAUCAGCUGGAGCCCCUUCAGACAGAGCUAAAGUUUCAACCUUGAAAGAUCGAACUACAUUUGAGAAAGAUGAAACUGUCAGAAAAGUGGAGUCUAGUGUGGAGGAAAAGCAGGAGACAUCAGCUGGAGCCCCUUCAGACAGAGCUAAAGUUUCAACCUCAAAAGAUCGAACUACAUUUGAGAAAGACGAAACUGUCAGAAAAGUGGAGUCUAGUGGUGUGUAUAAUCUAAACAUACUAUAUAUGGAGGAAAAGCAGGAGACAUCAGCUGGAGCCCCUUCAGACAGAGCUAAAGUUUCAACCUCGAAAGAUCGAACUACAUUUGAGAAAGAUGAAACUGUCAGAAAAGUGGAGUCUAGUGGUGUGUAUAAUCUAAACAUAUUAUAUAUGGAGGAAAAGCAGGAGACAUCAGCUGGAGCCCCUUCAGACAGAGCUAAAGUUUCAACCUCGAAAGAUCGAACUACAUUUGAGAAAGAUGAAACUGUCAGAAAAGUGGAGUCUAGUGUGCUGGAAAGGGGUGAGAUAUUAGAUGAAACAGCUUCACCUGGAGACAAAAUCUUAAUGUCACGACGUUCAUCUAGAUUUAAGACACAUGAAUCUGCCAGAGAAGUGGGAUAUGGUGCUUCAAACUUGGAAGAAGUACUUGUACUUUCUGAAAGCCAAAAUGAAAUUGAGAAACAAAUGCCUGUCCAAAUGAAAGCACAAAGUGCUCAGAAACCGGAAGAGGUGGGAGACAGAGGAGUUCCUGCAUCUCGGGAGAAGGUUGCACUUCCUGAGAGCCAGUCUCCAGCUGAGGUACUUGGAGCCAUCCAGAUGGAUGCCUUGAGCAUGGAGGAAUGGGGUGAGGUACCAAGUGGAAAGACCUCACCUGAAGAUCAAGUCUUAAUUUCAAACAACUCAUCUAAAUUUAAGGCUGUCAGGAAUGUGGUGGACCAUCAUGCUCAGAAACUGGAAGAUGUAAUAGAUGAAGUUCUUUUACAAAAGAAGCAAGGUGCAGUGUCUGAAAGCGAACCUCACACUAAAGAAACGAGAGCUGCCCAUACAGAAACACGAGACGUUCCAAAGGAACUCCCCUCAGAACAUCUAGAUGCAGAAGGAAAGUUGGAAAUCAGUCCAUCACUUAAAGAUCUGAUAUUUCAAUUUGGUUUAGACAAAGUGGUAGAGACGGACAUAGAGCUCUUGGCAGAUGCUGUGGGGAAAGUCAAACUCCUGGACAGAAAGCACCUGCAGCUGGGCGGUCAUCUUGGGACUCAACUAGAAAACCUGCCAGGUGUGUUGGAUGUAGAAAUGCGAAGAGUUCGAUCCAAGACACAGGCGGAGAGUCUCCUUGAUGACUAUACGGACUACUUUGCAGAUUUUACAGGAAGAGGGCCAGUAAAAGAAGACGCCACAUCACAAUCAAGGAAAUAUUCUGAGACCGAUAAGAUACAUUUCCCAGAAGUUCCAGGAAGAGGCUCCCUGAAGGGUGAUAUCCGGGACCAGUCAAAGAAUCUGUCAGGGCUCGGUGGGGAGCAUGCAGUGGAAGCCGCCGGAAGGAGCACGAAGGGACAAGUCACGGCAGCAGCCUCGGGCCUGCACGAACUGCAGGUCUCUGCCUUCCCAGAUAUGACUAGAAAAGGCUCUGUCAAGGAAGACGUCAGGGAAAUGUUAAAGAGACAGCAGGAGGCUGAUACAGAACACUCAAGAGAAAAAACUGGAAUAGAAAAAAGAACUGGUGAGGCCAAGAUAAGCUUUGCGGAUCAACUGGGUGUGAGUUCCUCUCAAGAGAAGCAGAUUCUGAAACGUAAAAAAGAUUCCUUUUCUAAGUACCUCACACCAAAUUACUUCACAGCAAAAGGGGUCAAUAUUUCACCCUUCGAGAAUGAAGAUUCUCUCUUUGAAAAUAAGUACAGAGCCAGAAGAAAGCCACCAAAUUUUACAACAAAGCUGGCCAAUCUCCCAUCUCCCGACAAAAAAGAUGGACCUUCACCGAAAAACAAAAAUACGCCCACAAGUCCGGAUUUACCUAGCAGUCACGUCACAGCAAGUAAAAACUCAGCGAAAGUGGUCAACAUCUCACCCUUUAAAGACCAAGAGUUUGCUUAUGAGUUGGUUACAGUUGGUGAGACUGAACUUCCAAGAGCACUGACCAGAAAAGUUAGGACGAGUCUCUCCAAAGGCAUCAGACUGCCUUCACUGAGUAAAAAAGGGAAGUCAGACAAUGAUAGCUCAAGCCCAAACUAUGAGCCUGUGAAUGUCCUGCCUUCUACGGUGUCUGCGGCUAAGCCAGCUCCCCACACAGCAUUACACACUGAAACCAGAAAACCUCAGCUCAUCCAUGCUUUCGACGACAACUGAAGUCUGGGCAUGAGAACACGAAGGAUCUUCACGGCGACAGCGUGAUCCUCGCAAGUGUAGACAGACGUCUUGUGACCAAAGUCCUGAGCUGAGUGCAUGGCGUCCACCACAGCAGUGGGAGACACCCACCCGGCAGGGCGGCCCAGAUCCUGAGUGGCCUGGGGCAGCAGCAGAACUCUCUUUUACGACUGGAGUAAGGUCGGAACUCUCAAGACCAGAGACGUUGAGGUGCUGAGGAGUAAGAAAGGGACUGUGCUGAAGCCCAGCUCGCUUCUGUUCACUGAUCACCUGGUGCGGCCUUCUGGUGCGGUCAAUUAAACCAAACUUGUGCUCUGCGUAUUUCAAAAA